UCUGAGCGCGCCCGGGGACCCCGCACCCGCGCCCCGCGCCCCCCCUCUCGCGUCGGCCACUCCCAAGAUGGCGGCCACCAUGAAGAAGGCGGCUGCAGAAGAUGUCAACGUUACUUUCGAAGACCAGCAAAAGAUCAACAAAUUUGCUCGGAACACAAGCAGAAUCACAGAGCUUAAGGAAGAAAUAGAUGUGAAGAAGAAGCAGCUCCAGAAUCUCGAAGACGCUUGCGAGGACAUCAUGCUGGCGGACGACGACUGCUUGAUGAUUCCUUACCAAGUCGGGGACGUUUUCAUCAGCCACUCCCAGGAGGAAACGCAGGACAUGUUAGAAGAAGCAAAGAAAAAUUUGCAAGAAGAAAUCGACGCUUUAGAAUCCCGAGUAGAAUCCAUUCAGCGGGUGUUGGCUGAUUUGAAAGUACAGUUAUACGCGAAAUUUGGGAGCAACAUAAAUCUUGAAGCUGAUGAAAGUUAAACAUUUUAUAACUUUGUUUAAUAAACUUGAAUGUUGUUUAAAAUGGCAAAUUCCCUUCUUGAAAUGAUAUGGAAAGUAAACUGGCUUUAAAAUUUUUUUUUUCAUUUAUUUAAUGGAAGCGCCUGUUUUUACAUGUCUUGCUUAUUUAUUUUAUAUUUUUAAAGCACAGUAUUCAUCUUUGUAUUUUGCAUAACAUGAAGUGUAGGGGCCAUAAUGUUAUGUCAUUAAAGUCAAUCAAGCAAUC